CCUAAUUGAUUUUAAUAUUUUACAGUAAGGCCUGUAUGUUUUGUAGGCGUUUGUAUUUUGUGUAAUAGUCAGUGUUAGUUCAAAGAAAAUUGAAUAAGAUGGAAAAAUCUAUUUGGAGCGACUUUUUACCCCACAGUUCGGAAGUGGACUGGUGUGAGAACAAUUACGCAACAAUACCAAUUAUUGCCGAAUUUUGGAACACUGUAAGCAAUUCCAUAUUUUUUAUCAUUCCACCCCUGCUAAUCUACCUGUUCAAGCAAUAUUCUCGACAAGUGUGCUCAUCAGUUAACCUUGUGUGGGUUCUACUCAUAUUUGUUGGUGCUGGCUCCGUGUAUUUUCACUCAACUUUAAGCCUUGUUGGCCAGUUAAUUGAUGAAAUAGCAAUACUAUGGGUGUGUCUCGCUGCAUUAGCCACUUGGCUACCAAGCAAAUAUCUCCCUUCGAUUCUCAGAUCAGACAGGCGAAAUUUCCAAGCUAUAAUAGCUGGCGUUGCUGUAGUGAGUACUUGUCUUGCUCUCGUGAAACCAGAACUUAACCACGGACUAUUGUUCAUGUUUGGGGUACCAGGAACUGUAUUGCUGGUGUUAGAGUUGAGAAGUUGCGAGUGCCCGUUGGUUCUACAUGUCGGUACAAUGUCAGCUAUAUGGUGGUGCGUUGCAGUGCUAUGUUGGGUCAGUGAUAGAUUUUUGUGCAAUUUCCUGCAGUUCCCAUAUCUACACAGUGCAUGGCAUAUCAUGGUUUGUCUUGCUUCUUACAUGGCGUGUGUGUGUUACGCUUACUUCUACGCGACAAACGAGGUCCCGGAGCAGUGUCCUCGUUUAAGGUUCUGGCCGCACGAUCGUCAUACAUGGUUCGGCAUUCCGUACGUUUCCCUGUUAGUCACAAGCGUCAAGUCUCAUAAAAAUCUCUAAGUUUCUGUUUCUUCUAUUCCUCUUUAACGUUGUCUUUUUGUUUUGUGAACUUUUUUUCUAGGUUUUUGAAAUCAAAUUUAAUGAUAUUUUUUCAUGUUUUUUUUUCUCCUAAAUCUGGUGCUCUGUCCUUAAAGAACAAGUUUUGUAUUUAUUUAUUUAUGUCAACAUGUAUAUACAAUGUUUGAUGUGUCUGUCUGUCUGUAAAAUCAGAAAAAAAAUCAAAAAUUCAUUUUAUUUUUAUGUUUGCGUUCAUGUGAUUUUACUUUUUAUUGUUAUUGUAGGAUUUUAACUCAAACACAAUGAUAUUUAUCUCUGUCUUAUCAAUCACAGUAUUUUCAUUGUUUGAAACAAAUAUACAGCACUUUCUUAUGCUUGAUAACCAAAAUUUUAUCAAUCAUUUUUCGUUCUACUUUUACGUUUGUUUUGCACCAAGAAACAAAUUCAUGUUUAUUUUGCAUUUGCUGUGUGUCAUUUUGCUGUGUUGAACGUUGAAAAGGUAAAAGGCGGAAUUAAAAUAUCUGUAAAG